UGUCUGCCGGGGGUGGGGUUGGUAUGAGCUGAAGGAACAGGUUGCACACAUGAAGGUGUGUGCGAAGGAUCUGCGGUGCCAGAAUUUCCAGUUUGGCAGAAAGUCUCCUCCCCGUUUCUUUCCGUAUCACUCGCCUUCCUCAGCCUGCCGGAGACGGUAAACCUCCCCGCCGAUCCCCCUUCCUCCCGGUGCUGAUCCCCGUACCUCCCGGCGCUGAGUCCGACCCUCCGGCGCUGCUCUGGUACCGAGGACCCGGACGCCCUGCGCUUCUCUGACAAACCUUCCUUUGGACGGGGUCUUCCCAGAGCUGCGGACCCCCCUGUCACACGGCAGCGAUGAGGUGGAUAGCUGUUGUACGAGCCGUGGUAGUUUUAAUCACGCUGGUUACCGCGUGGUAUUUCGCAGAAUCUAUAUUUGCCACGAAGGGCGCAAAAAAGAUAAUAGAUAUUUUGGAGGAUAAAACAGAGCGUAACAAAUGCGGGAACGAGAAGCCCUGUCCGGACCGUUACUUCGCGUUUAAAAUAGUGAGCGGCGCGGCCAACGUGGUCGGACCCUCGAUCUGCCUGGAGGACGAAACUUUGAUGAGCAGCGUGAGGAAUAACAUCGGCCGCGGCCUGAACUUGGCUGUGGUAAACGCCUCCACCGGGGCUCUUCUCCGAACGGCAUUUUUCGACAUGUAUUCCGGAGAUGUGAAGGAGCUCCUGAAGUUUAUGGAAGCCAUCAAAGACGGCUCUUUGGUGUUCACCGCGUCCUACGACGAUCCGGGAACCAAACUGGAUGAUAAAGCCAGAGAAAUAUUUACUCAGCUCGGGAGUAAUUACGCCAAAAAAGUGGGAUUUCGGGACAGCUGGGUUUUCAUUGGAGGAAAAGGACUGAAGAACAAAAGCCCGUUCGAGCAGCACAUCAAGAACGACAAGGAGACCAAUAAAUACGACGGCUGGCCGGAGGUGCUAGAGCUGGAAGGCUGUAUUCCCAGGAAGACCGAGUGAAAGAGCGUUACCAGAUCCCGCUAUCAGACCGGAGCCACCAGAUCCCGCCAUCAGACCGGAGCCACCAGAUCCCGCUAUCAUACCAGAGCCACCAGAUCCCACUAUCAGACCGGAUAUACCAGAUCCCACUAUCAGACCGGAUAUACCAGAUCCCGCUAUCAGACCGGAGCCACCAGAUCCCGCUAUCAUACCAGAGCCACCAGAUCCCGCUAUCAUACCAGAGCCACCAGAUCCCGCUAUCAUACCAGAGCCACCAGAUCCCACUAUCAGACCGGAUAUACCAGAUCCCGCUAUCAGACCGGAGCCACCAGAUCCCACUAUCAGACCGGAUAUACCAG